UGGAUUGGGGGCGGGACAAGAAUUUUGAUUGGGUGUAGGUGAGGCCACAGGUACCCAGCUGAUAGCGAUCGACGCCUUCACUUGGAAUUUAUUUUAAACCUUAUAUGUUGAAACCUGGAUCCAUCAAGGGAUUUUGUCGACGUCACAAGGUACCAGAAAGUAGAAGUAACGCAAAAGAAAUAAAACUCGACAGCAGCUCAGACAUAGUCGUUGGUUCCUACAUCAGUAAGAGCUGAGACGUAUUUUGUGCCGCGAAACCUCCCAAAAUGUCCCCGAAAUUACAGUUUCCAGCCAUCUUUUGGUGCGUAACAGGUAUUUUGGCUUCUUACGCACAAGAAUGUGGCCGACCACCAUUAAUGGAGAACAGGAUUGUGGGAGGGAUGGAUGCCGAAGAUGGGGCUUGGCCCUGGCAGGUGGACGUACAGACAGUCAGCGACGGUCAUAUCUGCGGAGGCUCCAUCAUCACGGAGAGCUGGGUGCUAUCGGCUGCUCAUUGUUUCCCCAAUCCGUCGGAUGUGAGCUCUUACAUCAUCUACGCUGGCCGGUACCAGCUGAAUGGCAUUAACCAGCACCAGUCAUCGCAUCGCGUGAGCCAGGUGGUGAUCCCAUCCGGCUACAGCGAGCCUCACAGUGGGAAGGAUUUAGCGCUGGUGCAGCUGUCCAGCCCAGUAACCUGGUCAGAUCACGUCCGUCCCGUCUGCUUGCCCACGUCUAGCACUCUGUUCCCAAGUGGCAUGUUGUGCUCUGUCACUGGCUGGGGGAACAUACGGGAUGAUGUCCCUCUGCCAGGAGUCGGAACUCUGCAGGAAGUGCAGGUGCCAAUCAUCUCCAAGAGUUCAUGUCAGGAGAUGUACCAGAUGAACCCGACGGAGCAGGUGGACAUCCUGUAUGACAUGAUCUGCGCUGGCUACCAGGAGGGUGGCAAGGACUCCUGCCAGGGUGAUUCAGGAGGGCCUCUUGUCUGCCAAAUGGUAAAUGGGACCUGGGUGCAGGCUGGGGUCGUGAGUUUUGGACUGGGCUGUGCUCACCCAAACCAGCCAGGUGUGUACACCAGACUGACCAGCUACUCAAGCUUCAUCAGCGACACGAUACAAGAGAUCAGGCUGUAUGGCCGAGCUGAUCAGAACUGGUGUGGGAGGGCUGCUGUGUUGGGCAGCUGUUUGUCCACUCUGCUGAUGCUGCUUCAGAGAUAAACCACUUCGAAAACUGGGUUUCCGGGAGGUAGAAUGUAAACCAAGCCAAAUGAAGGAAAUUAAUUGUAAAUGUCUGACUUAAGUCCAAAGUGAUCCUGAAUAGUCAAACUAGAAACCUGUAUUUGACGUGCACAUGAAGCCAUAUCUACUAUAAUCUUAACUUUUAGAUCUUAUACUCUGCAUUAUGAUCUUUGAGUCAGAGUGGCUUUGAUAGGUUUGUAUUAUAAAUCAGAAUUAUGAGCUAAAUAAAUUGUCUUCUACGAUUGAAAUAAAUAGUUAAUUUGAUUUUUAAAAUUAUCUCAGUGCUCUGUUCAACCUCUGCUAACUGAUUUUGUACCAUGUUAUACCCCUUAUGGACCUCAACUGUAAAUACAUGAGGUUCCCUUCAAAGUA